GACCCACCCCACCCUUUUCUCUCACACCUUUUAGCAGGCAAAAAAAGAAGAACUGUAACGUCAAUUUCUCUCUCUUUUCUCUCUCUCUAAAAGCUUAUAAUAUGAGUUUCUGAGUUUGAAUACUUGGUGGGUUUUGAGAGAAAAUGGAGAAUUCUUCUUCGGAAAAUCUUGAUGAUGGAGAGUUAUGGCUACCUUCUGAUAUUUUUCCAGUAGAAGAAACUGUUUCUUCUACUAGUAAUAAGCUCAAAAACAACAACCCCAUUGCUUCUUCUCUUUGCUGUUGUUACUCUUGUGUUCUUCUUCUUCGUCAUCAUCAUAACUCCAUUUUCAUGGCUGAACAACAAGUUCUACACAGUGUUCCAAAGCCAUUUCCCAUAACCGAGCGGCGGUUCAGACCGGCUGAGAGGUGUUGCACCUGUACAGAUUGUUCAAUUUCAGACUAUUUUGAACGGAGUAGAAGAGAAACAACCGGUCCACCACCGGUUUAUCCACCGGUUCAACUUCACCACCAGGUUGAGAGUUUGAUGGAAGUUAGAGCUCCAUUUUUACAGAAGGAAGAACAGAGCCGGUUCAUCGGAAUUCAGAGAAGAAACCUCGGCCUAAACCGGUUCGCCGGUAACUGGGUUUCGCCGUUUGUGGGUGGCGGUGGCAAUGGCGGCGGCAGCGGUGGUGGUUUUAAUGGUGAAAGUAGUUCUGUGAGAGAUUAUGGUGGAACUGGUGUCUUCCUCCCUAGAAUACCUACCAAUAUCAACAACAAUGGUGGAAAGAAACAAGGUGGUAGAAAUAGGCAAGAUGUUCAACAAACUGAUCAGAGAUAUCCAUGCAUAUGAGAAAUGGCAAAAACCUAAAGAAUUGGACCUAUGGAUAUAUAGUAAUUUGGUCAUUAGAUAUAGUAAUUUGGUAGAUUUAAAUAAUUGAACUUAGCAUAUGGUUAUGUGUGUAAUUUUUAUCUAAUUGUCAAUUGCCUUUUUGAGGGAAAAUAGUGAUAUAUUUUGGCUAAAAGGCCUAUUUUUAAAUCUCUCCCUUUUUUGGUGUCUACAUGUGACAAUUGUGAUGUGACUUAUCUUUAAAUAUGUGUAUUAUAAUAAAUGCUUCUAGUUAUGGCCACAUAUGCCAUUUUGU